AAUGCCUUUAAAAGUGGCACCACUCUCCAGGUGAAAGAAACAAAAAAACAGACACCAUCGCCCGCCGCCCCCUAUAAACAGCUGUUUUAGUUCUAUAAACUCAAUCCGAAAUCACAUUGGUCAUAUAUACGUAACCGCUGCAUUUUUCACAAAUGGCACUUUCACAUGGCCGCAAAGAAGAAAUUCCCAAAGAUGCGGUUAUUAUUACUGAGGAACAAGCGCUAGCCUAUCAGUGGAAUGUUAUUUCUGGUUGGGAAAAUCGCUGGGACGUGUGGAGCUUGCGCUAUGGACCCGGCAUACUAGGCGCUUUGGCAGCGGCUACAGGCAUUUACGUAAACAAUCAUUAUCGUCGUAAAUUAAAACUAGGAAGUUAUGGCAAGGCAUCCACUUACCUACCAAUUGUCGUUAUACCUGCCAUGUUUUCCGUGUUAUCACACAAAUUUAUGGUGCAACGAUAUGUCAUAUUGCAACAAGGCAAUGAAUGUCCACUGUGCUUGCAAGUACGUGCUGGCACCUUACAGGGUGGCUUAGGCGUUUGUUAUCCAACAAUAUUGGCACCGUUCGCAGCCUUCAUGUUUGCCACACGCCAUUACACAUAUCGUUUGCCAUCCAUAACGAAGGAACCACUAGAGGUGUUUAAACUAUGGCGGGGCAUGACAAGACCUAUAUUACCAAUAUUGGGCGCCGCGUUAGCUGGACAAGCAGUUUGUGCUAUGUAUAUUACAUAUAAAGAACAAAUGCAGAAUUGGCGUUUACAGUUAAAAAUGCAGCAUUUAGAACAGUUGGCCGAAGAGAAGCACCAGGAGGAAAAAGCGUUGGAGGCAGCUAAGAAUUUUUAACUUAACUGCUUUGUUAGUGUUAUUUAUUUUUGCAUGUACGCAGCGUUGCUGUAUGUUAAGAAAAUAUAAAAUAUUUUUUAAAGCCAAAAUGCGACUACUUAUUUUGAAGACCGGUUACUAAAGAGUCUAAGUUUUAUGUUAAAACAAUUAACUACUUUAUGCUGCAUCAAAACAACAAUGUAUUUAUUUGUUAAAUCGUUAGUACAAAGGUAUACUGCGAUUUAAUAAUGACUUAGUAAUAUUUAUUAUACAGUUUUUAAAUUGUUUUACCACACAAAUAAGUUAAGUUAGAAUGUUAGACAAUAAAAAUUAACUUGCUACUUAAUAAUAACGUUAACAUAUGCAUUUUAUGUAUUAAAUAGUAUUUGGACGCGUGGCCACUCGUUUUAUAACUCAGACAAAUAUAAUUCAUAAUUCUUACAGAAAUAAAGUAUCGUUCAAUGUUAAAAUAAAGUUAUAUAUUUUCGUUUUUGCUUUUAGUAUUUUCGCCGGUUUUCUUAAACAUCGAUUAGGACUGCAACAAUUUUUUUUUAGUAUAUUCACAAUUGCAAUAAAAUUAAUUUAAAUACUUUUAAAUUCCAUAACUCAUCACUUUUCAAUUAGAUUCAAUUGGAUAAUGGGCUUAUAAAAACACAAACAAACAGUACAUAUGUAUUUCGAACUAUUUCAAACCACAUUUUUAAGGAAUGUACAGUUUUGUAUAUUCUGUUGCUAAUUUCAAAUGUCAAUUGCAACAUUUCAAUAUUAAUAAACUAUUAAUUGGGUAAUAUUAGCAUAACUAUUGAGAUUAUAUUUUAUUAUAUAUGUAUGUAGAGCAUAUUUUGAUAUUAGUUACUGUAAGGUGUAAAGGAAUGAGGGCUAUAUGUGUAUUUGUAAAACUGGUUUUUAUUAUGCAUUUAAAUUUUCAAUUUGAUAAUAUUCAGUUAGUUAUUAUAUGUGCAUAUGUUUACGAAGGAGGUAUGUAUAUUAUAUAAUAUACUAAAUAUAUAUGUAUAUA